CGUUUAAGUCAUUUCCAAAAUGGCGAUAUUCGUCAAUGAAAACAAACAUUGGUCUAAGUAAUGUUGGAGUUUGUAAAUUGCUUCAGUGAAAGGAGUAAAAUCCCAGUUGUCUUUACCUGUUAAAGGUAGGAUACUGUAAAGAGAUUCCCACCUAGAAAGCUUCUUUGGAAUCAGGAAAAUGCAGGGUGUAUCUACCAUGGCUACUAACUCAGAAUCUUGUACGAUUCUUGACAAGCGUAAACAUCCAUUUGGGGACCUUGGCAAACCAACCCUAAGAGGUGUCCGUAAAUGUCCAAAAUGUGGCACAUUCAAUGGUACCAGAGGAAUUAGCUGUAAAAACAAAGACUGUGAUGUUGUGUUCAAGGAACGAGAGCGCAAGAAAGGUCACAGUGCUGAAUCGGUGAAGAUUAUCACAGAGUCGACAUCCCAGCUGUAUUCUGUGCGGUUGAGGGACAGAGGUCCGGACUAUCGGGGUUUUGUUCAGUUGCCAUAUAUCCAAGAUAUGGAGGGCAAUCCUGCUCCUGUUGUUGACCAUAGUAUGUUGACAGGUGCAGCAAUGUGCUAUGUAGAGAGCUGUAAUCGUAAUGCUCCCCCUGAUCCAAACAGUAUACUGAAGGGGACAGCGCCAACUUGUGUUCAUGUUCGCUCUGCCAUAGACUGCACACAGCAGGCACAACCGAUCACCCUCAAGAAUGAAAUCUUUAACAAUCUUCAGAUCUCAAAUGAGAUGAAGCAGUCCAUAUGGCUGCUUGCAACAGAAACCUCAGGACCGGUGGUUCAGAGAGUGACUAAGAAUAUAAUGGUUGUCAAAUGUAAAAUCACUUCGAAACAACCGCUUGGAUUUUUGCAUUGUGCUUUUUUCGAAACCAUCAGGAAUAGACAGCACCCAGACUAUAAAUUUCAGUGCUCAUGUCGUACAUUCAAGAUGCGAAAUUCACAUGCAAGGGAGGACGUCUCAAAGAGAUGUGUCCAUUUCUAUGCGUGUAUAUGUGCAUUUGCCAGUGAUGAGAAGUUGAGUAAAGAGUUUGCACCAUAUAUGAACCCUGACCAGCCUGUGAUGACAUUGACCUUGAUGGGCUCUGACCGCCAGGUACUGACCAUGUAUCAGCCUAUAGAGGAAAGUCUAGCUGUGCCGGCUGACGCUGACACCAUGGAGUUCAUCAUCUCAGAGGAGGACAUGCUAGUUGUCACGCCGGAUAAAAAAGUGAAGAAGGAGGAUCCUGUUGCCCAGGCCAGUAGUGCCCUCCUCACUCUACAGGAACAGAAGCAGCCAUCUCAAGCUACGGCUGUGUUGUCAACACUACAGAGCACCUCGGUGAAGCAAUCCUCACACACAACUCAGUUCCAAAUCCAGCAGCAGCAACAGCCUCAGCAACAGUUGACGCAACAGCAACCGGCACAACAGCAAACACAGAAAUCCACACCGAAAAAGCUUUCCUACCAGAGCACUGUGGAUGAGAACACAGCUUCCAUCAGCUUCCAGCAGUGGCUGGCCAGUGUCACAGAGAGGAUCAACCAAACUAUGCAUUACGGCUUCUCUGGUACGCCAGACCCUCUAGUGUUUCAUGCUCCACAAGUCUUCUUUGACUGUCUCCAGCAGAGGAUAUCUACAGGCACAAGGAAAAAGAGGCUUCCUAACUACAUUACCAGCUUUGUUCGAAAGGAGGCUCUUCCGCUGGGAAACUUCACCAAGUACACAUGGCACAUCACCAACAUUAUGCAAGUCAAACAGAUCUUUGACUCACAGGAUAUAACAUUGGAUUUAUCUCGAAGUUUUGUUGAGAAUCGUGAUGGUACUUAUGAUCCUUAUGAAGCCCCUCGUCCUGAUGUGUAUGGAGAUGCUUCAAAGAUAAAGAAUCAUUUGCCAAUCCGGCCCUUUGAACUGAAGACAUACCUUAAAGUUGGACCAACAGCAGACCAGAAGGAGCCAGUGCCGUUCAUUAUCGAAUGGAUACCAGACAUUUUACCUCGUUGUCACAUUGGAGAACUCAGGAUUAAGUUUGAAUAUGGGCACCAAAGAAAUGGACAGAUUGAGAACAGAACCUCCAGCUCCCUCCCGUCUUCAGAUGUCUCGUUACACCCUCAAGCAAUACAGCUGCGGGAAAUUAUUCCAAGCUAGUGUACAGUGAAGCUGUAGUUCUGCUCCCCAGUCUCCCUUCACCUACUUUUUCACUUAGUGAUAUUACUUUUGUCGUCCUGUUAAAAAAUUUGCUCUCUCUGAUCAAGAGAAAAAUGUGAUAGAUGUGACCAUGCCUCACACAGAAUGGAAUAUUUGUUUCUCCUUUGUCCUGUCUCCUUUACACUUUUUUUUUUUAAUUUCUUUCCUGCCCAUGUUCAUCAGAAUGUCAACUUCAGAUUUCUAAACUAAUUCUGCCCUCAGCUUUUCAUAACUAGAUGUUCAUGUGCCUUCAUUAUUAAGAAUGCAGAGGGUCUGGGUGGUACUUGGAAGGUAGAUUUCUGCAACUCCUUUUUAAAGUGAGGCUUAUAGGCUUUUAUUAAUAAUUGUAAUAACUAUUUGAUUUGGAAUCUCCAGCUGCUUCCUUUGAAACUAAAGCUCGAGGCUUUUUCUACUGCAUGAUCACAGGUAUGGUCAAUGCAAAAAUAAAGAAUCACCUCGUAAAAUGAACGCAAUUUUUAAAAAUACAUUGAUCAUAAUGUUCUUUUAUACUCUCUUGCUCAUUUCCACAGACGCAAUGACAUUUACAUGUGAAGUGCCAAUAUAGUAAUAACUUAAUACUUACAUUACACCACCGCUAUAGAAGAAAGAAAUGCAACUCCUUAUUCUGUAUAGUUUUCAUUGUUUCAUCUGUUACCUUGUGGAAUGCAGUAAGCAUUUUGUGGUCAUUGAUUUGUACAGACCAAGUCCAGUAAGCCCUUUUCCUGUUUUUGUUGUUUCAAAAUUUUCAAUUCCUGAUUUAGGAUGGGGGGUAGGGGUUGUGCUUACUAUUAAUUAUAAUUUUACAGUGUUUCCUCAAUAAUUCAUGAACAUACCAGGGAGCUAUAAGAGUGGGACUCAAGUUAAAUGUUGUAGAGAUAGCGUGAUGUUCUGAUCUCUAUGAAACAGACAGUUCCAUAGAGACAAAUGUCCAAAAUAACUCUCACACGAUACCAACAAAAGUCUGGUUUGUAAUCAAUAUAGAACUCCCAUGUUUUUUUCAGCACGUGAAUUGUUUCUGCUUCUCUUUUCCUAGCUUACAAAACAGCAUGGCAGUUUAUAAGCUUUAUCCAGCUUUACUAUACAGCCUAGCGCGCACAUAAUCGCAUGGAAAUCUUUUCAUUGUGUACGAAUUUUGUAUUGUACAUUGUUUUGAAUACAUAGAAUAUACAUGUACAAGAAAAAAUUAGGGAUAUAAAAAUCCAUUCACUAUAGGCCUACAUGGUUCGCGAUGUAUGUGAUAGCCUUGCAUCCAGACUUACCAGAGAAAUUGAUUCAGAGUUCCCUUUUUCCAUGGCAGUCUUCUGUAGCCCGUUUUGGGAACAAUUGAACAAACUGCGGUCACAUACUCAAAUACAAAGGGCAUACUUUUGUUUGCAUGCACAAAGAAAAGCGCAUCGACACAAUCAUGGUCAUUAGGUGCAGGGAAAAAGUAAGACUCACAGACAGGAAAUAUUAGAAUUAGAAGGAAAGAGUAGUAGGAUCUACCAGGACACCCACCAACUACCCGCAGCAUACUUUUGUGUUAUGUUAUUUGGUUGUGCUGAUUUGAGGUGUGCUUUGAGAAUGUGCUUUCCAUUGGAAAGAAGUAAAGCAUAAUAAUAAUAUUAAUAAUAUAACAGAAAUAGCAAGGGGGAAAGUGAAAGGACAAUGACCCACUUGUGUCACUAAUGGAAUAAGAAUUAUGGCAACAUGUUGUGGCAACAACACAAUUAUUAUAUUUUGAUAUGAUGAUUGCAAGAGUGAUUCCACUUGGAAUUUCACAGCAUAAACUUAACUGUUCUUCAUCUUGAUUGUUUUGUUUCCAAUGCUGCACUUUCUGUAAACAGGAUUUGUCUUUCUAUGAUUAUUCACUCAUGGAGGUCAAAGCUUGAACAUUUGUUUCGGUAAACCUAAUUUCUGUAUGUUGAUGUUAGACUAAGAUCACAAUCUGUCUCAUGGUUGGUACUGUUUGACAGUCAUGUCCAGAUCCCAUUCCUUUUUCCAAUAGGUUUUAGUUUUAUGUAUAUAUAUUUUAUUUUUUUUAUGCAACACCACUCAGGUUCUUAUUUUGGACAUAUCAUGGACUCAGAACUAUUUGUUCAAACUCUACUUGAGUACACUUUGGACUAAAUAGUUCUGAGGCGAUAAUAUGUCACAGGUAAGCUUCUGUGAAGUUCCUGGCAGAACAUCACAUGAACAAGUAAUUUAUACUCAACCUAAAAAGUGAUGUUGAUUUUUGUCAUGGGUAAUCAAGCUUUGAUUAUAGCUAUAGUGUUGGCAUUGCAUAAAUUUAUAAAAACUUACCGAGUCAAUUCCUACUGUGUGUUUCAGUUUUGUGAGAUCUUGGUCAUGAUCAAACGUUUUGUUUUUUUUAAAAUAACUUUUGAUUUUUCAUAUUGAAUGACUUUCUCUCUACAGGGGUUUUCUUUUGGUACCAUUUAUGCAAAAGUUCUCAAAUUGUUAAAAUAAACAUCCACAUCAUUUUUAUCCUCUA